UUUAACGCUGCGAGCCCCGAAAGAAGACUCGUCAACUCUUAAAGCUCGCAGCAUGGUCGGGGAGUGAGCUCGUGGCAGAAUGUCGAUCGAGGUGGAAGCGUUGCUGCAGGAGGCCAAGGAGAACAUCGAGGCGGCACAGAACUACAGGGCCGAGCUGCAGCAGCGCCUGCAUGGUCUCAACCAGGCACGGAAACAGGUGCGAGGCAGCGCUACCCAGACCCGUGAGGCCCUCCGACGGCACUUCCAGGACCUGGAGGCAGGCGUGCUGCGGCUGUUGAAUGAGCGCCUCGGGGCCCUGCUGGAUGAGGUGGAUGCCAUCGAGCAGGACAGUGUUCGUCCACUGGAUGACUGCCAGAAGCUCAUUGAGCAUGGGGUCAGCACGGCAGACGAGCUGCUCCGAGAGGGUGAGGCUGCAAUCCGCUGUAACAUCGGAGAGAAGGAUGACAAACUGGGCAGCUUCACAAAGAAGGCCCUUCAAAUUCAGCUGGACAGUUUGCCAGAGGUACCUGCUCUAGUGGAUGUACCCUGUCUGUCCGCCCAGCUGGAUGACUCCUUGCUUCCAUCGGUGUCGGAGCGCAUCGCCCGUCAUGGCAGCAUAGCCUCACAUCCCCCUGUGCAGAUUGAGGAGCUGGUGGAGAGGCCAGGGGGUGUGCUAGUGCGCUGGUGCAAGGUGGAUGAAGACUUCACCGUGCAGGACUACCGGCUGCAGUUCCGCCGUAGCAAUGCUUCGCAGUACGAGGACGCCUACAUCGGCAAGGACUCAGAGUUUCUGGUGUUGCACCUGGACCCGCACACAGACCACUUGUUCCGCGUGUGUGCGCGGGGGGAUGGCCGCUCCGAGUGGAGUCCCUGGAGUGUACCGCAGACGGGCUACACAACGCUGGCACCACAUGAGUGGUGCCCAGGGAGUGAUGGGUACAUCCUGAGUAGCCGGAGGAAUAUGGCUAUGCGUAACGACUCCUCCACCUGUGGGGUCCUUUAUUCCAGUGCUCCCACCUACUUCUGUGGACAGACCCUCACCUUCAAGAUCUUGGCAGCAGGACAAGUGGACAAGCGAGACAGCCUUGGAGUUUGCGUGGAGUAUACGAGCAGUGCCGAGUCUUUGCAGAAGGAAAAGGCUGUAUGCAUCUCCACCAAUGGAGCUGUGUUUGUCAAUGGAAAAGAGAUGACCAACCAACUGCCAGCCAUCUCAGUUGGCUCAGCAGUGACCUUUGAUAUGGAGGUGGUCAGCAUGUUUCCGGUCACUAACAACAUCAACGAUGCAGGCAAUUUCAAGCUGAGGGUAACGAUCGGCUCUGGAAACAGGGAGGUGGUAUUUGAUUGGCUGCUGGACCAGGCGGUGGAUUGUCUUUUCUUCGGCUGCUCCUUUGUGCAUCCUGGAUGGAAGGUUCUGGUAUUCUAAUGCUGGUGCCUCACCUAGUAGAAUCUACACUGCAGACAAAGGCACAAAUGGGAAGGAUAUCCAGUCUGGGUACCGGAUCAGCCAGUCUUUUAAUAAUAAACAUACUUUUAUAUAUCCCUUUAAUUUUGGCAUUUUAGCAUCAUGUCUUUCUGAGGCUGUGCUAAUUGAGAUCCCUGGAAGUUAAUUAUGAUCCACCUCAGGACAGCAUUUGAGUACUUCUGGUUGGACCUGAAAAGGUCUUGAGUUUUUGUUCUUAACAUGAACAGUAGAGAAUCUAAGUUUUGAAAACAGUAAAGUGUUAAACUGUUAUAAAACAGUAUUAACUGUCACACUUCAAUCUAACUAACCUCUAGAACUUCAGAGACAUGAGUAGCAUGCAUUACAUAAUGCCAUAAUUUAUCUGGCACAAGUAACUUCUCUGCAAAAAAGUAAAGUGAACCAUGGUUCAGCAGGUGCCAACAGUUUAGGUUGGUGAACUGAUGUUAGUGGUAUGCAUGGAUUCAUCAAGAACGUUAGCAACCGUAUCCUCAGGCAUCAGCUACAGCUGUUUGUGGAGGUCACUGUGACAUGAUUGUAUUUUUUAAAAUUCUCUUUUUUUAAAAAUGCUAGUAAAAAGUUUCUAUUUACAUUGUUAAGAUUUGGUGGGAGAAAAAUAUGCUGGGUGACCAGGGUAUACCUUCUGGAGCCUUUGACACCUUAACCCUUUCUCCCAUUCUGUGCUGUGGAUAAAAUUGUGGAAAAAUGUGACCAUUUCCAGUAAUAAUUCCUUAGUGGAACUGGAUUGUAAUGUAAAGAAGUGUUUCGUAGCUUAGUUAGGUUAUUAAUGCCUAUGAAAUGUGAUUGUCUGAACAGAGGAUUUCAUUGCUUGCAGUGUGGUUAGUAAUGGUAGGACUGGUAUGUGGUUGGAUGAAUGAAGUUGUGGGGUUUUUCUUUUAUAGUUUUUGUGUAUACACUCAUGGUCUGAUCAUAUGCUCAUUGUGGAAGCAAGAUGUUGAAAGAAAAGGGAGUGUAAUGUACAAGGGUAGUGCAAUGGCAGCAGCUACAGUAUUACCUGUUCACCUUUUAUCUGAUUAAAACCUUCUUAUAACCUGUUUCCCUGUGGUC